UCCUACAAAACAAUGCGCAAUCAUUAACAAAGCUGCAAUAUGGGGAAGGAAGCAAACUUGCAAAAAGUUCCUACAAUUUUACAAGGUCCCCCCAAAGUUCAUCUGUAGACCCAUCCAUGUCAACAUACUUCAAGUCACUUUCUGAGACCAAAUGUUAGAUUUUACUUGUCAUCACUUAGCUGUGAACCACUGCUGAAACUCAUUAUUCCCUUGACUUUCCAUAUGAAAUAUCUCAAAUUCACAGCAUGUAACAUUUUUGGCAUGUAGCUGCUAAGGUUGUCCCUGACGUGCAGAGUAUGCUUUCCAACUCCAUCUUCAUGCUAACUUAAAUUACAAAAAUCUUCUUGUCAGUUCUCUGCAGGUUAUGCUUGGUAACAUUAGCAUUGAUUUCUCGCUUUGGACCCAAAAUAUGGGUGUGGGGGGGAGUAGCUUUCUUGUUUUAACAACAGGUGUUUAUCAUUUGCAAGUUUUGCUGAAAGUAUCAUCUGGAAGAAUGUAUCAUUUCUUGAAGCACACCUCGUGCUGCCUGGCUUGGCAUCAGCCUGUACUAGAAUGCUUACAAACUUCUAAUACAGGCAAGUGGCAGGCAAGAGAGGUGAAUUAUGUAAAAUGGGAGCUGAAAGGUAAACACCAAUUAUUUUGAGACAGCCUAAAACCAAAUCAGCUGCACUGUGCUGUCAGAAGCAACCACGCAUUGCUGUGGGGCUUCGCGCUGGUCGGAAAUUUAAGACAAAAAUAUUAACGGAGCAUCGAUCUAAGCCCCUACGGCCUUUGCAAGAGGCCGGUGGCGCUGUGUGUCGAGAAGGGGACAGGGGCACCACGGCACCCCAAGACUGGCUCGGUGCAGGCUGAGGGCAGGGGCGAGCUGGGCCGCGGCGGGCGGACUGGGGGCGGCCCGGACCCGUCCCCAUGGCAACGGCGAGGAGGCGGUGGCACGGCGGCAGCGGCCACCCGCCGGUCACCUGACCCGCACCCGCCGGUCACGUGAUAUGCUCUCCAUCGACGCCAUCUUGAAGCGGUGUCCGGAGAUACUAUGGAAGAAGGAAGCAACGUUGCAGUAUUGAUGCCAAGCAUUGGAGAACAGGAAGCUGUACUGAUUUCUGAAACAGUCAUUGGCCCAACACUGCAAGCCAGUGAAGAUCAGAGGAAAUGUAGAACUGAUCCACUAAUCCAUGUUAUCCAGAAGCUAAGCAAAAUAGUUGAAAGUGAGAAGUCACAAAGAUGCCUUUUAAUAGGGAAAAAACGUUCCCAUCCUAAUGCUUCUGCACAGUCCUUUGAAACAGACGAUCUAUGUGAAAUCCCAGCUAAAGCAAUUGAGCUCUCUGUUAUUGCUACUAAAAAGACUGAAGAGUUACAAGCUGAUUAUUUUGUGACCGAAUGUCUUCCCCAAAGCAAAAAAAAGGUGACAUGCUACCAAUGUAGUCUAUGUAAGUUUCUAUCACCUUCUCUCUUAAUGCUACAAGAACAUAUAAAACAACAUGGGCAGAAAAAUGAAGUGAUAUUAAUGUGCUCAGAAUGUCAUUUUGCUUCUAAAAACCAAGAAGAACUUGAAUCUCACUUCCAAAACUACCACAAGAAUGGUAGUAAAAAUAGCAUCCAGACAAAAAUGCAGCAAUGUGUAAAUGUCUCGAGUUCAUUUCUGCAAGGGCCAGUGGAAGGAAGUGUCAAAUCAGGGACUGAUCAGACAGGAAAUGUGGAAUCUAAAGAUAUAACGCAGUCUACUCAUAUGCCUGAAAUGGGUAGGAGGAAAUGGUAUACUUACGAGCAGUAUGGCAUGUACCGGUGUUUAAUCUGUCGGUACACCUGUGGUCAGCAACGAAUGUUGAAAACUCACGCUUGGAAACAUGCAGGUGAAGUUGAUUGUUCUUAUCCUAUCUUUGAGGAAGAAAAUGAAACUGCCAACUUGUCAGAGACGGUUGUAACUCAUACACCUCACAGCAUGGAUGCAGUUGUUCUUUCUCUGGAAAAUAAUGAACUAGAUAUCCAUGGUGAACCUACUCUUCAACUUCAGAUUUGCAAUUCUGAGCAACUGUCAUGUAAAUCGCCAGUAGGAACAAAUGUAAAAGAGGAAGAGAUGAUAAAUCAGUCUGUAGUGCAUUCUCCUACUACAGAGGUUUUAGAGGAGACUGUAUCAGAUACAGAACAGGAUAAUUUGGUAACUCAUAGCCUACUUUCAUCAGCACAGAAAAUUAUUAAUUGUAGUCCAAAUACAAAGGGUCACGUUAAUGUAAUAGUCGAACGUUUGCCAGGUGCUGAAGAAAGUGUCUUACAAAAGCCUUUCUUGAUAAACACUGACAUUGAAACAGAAAAAAAAUUAAUCUCAGAAGCAUCCCAUGUUACCUGUGAAGAACCUGAUGAAGUUUAUCAUUCAGAUGAAAUCCAAGAAGUAAUAAUAGGAUGGAAUAAUACCGAGAAGAAAGAGAAUGAAUUAAGCCCUAAUAAAAAUGUAACAACUGAUGAAAAUGCACCUCCCGUACGAAGAAGGACAAAUUCUGAGUCUUUACGACUACACUCGUUAGCUGCAGAAGCUCUUGUUACAAUGCCUAUCAGAGCUGCAGAACUAACAAGGUCUAGCUUUAGGACUUUGACUGGGGAAGACACUGUGGUUGCAGAUACAGGGCAGGGAGAGGCUGAUGGCCCAUGCAUGGCUCAUUCUAAAUUGGUAUCCUCGCUUAAGAAUCCUUCAGAGGAGUUUAGUGGCUUAAACCAAAGUGAAUGUGCAAUAGUUGAAAUACAGAAAGAAAGGCCAGAGUUAUCAGAAGCACCAAUUAAAAUGGGCAUCAGUAUGUCACUACUCACUGUCAUUGAAAAACUGAAGGAGAGGACAGAUCAAAAUGCUUCUGAUGAUGACAUUCUGAAAGAAUUACAAGACAAUGCACAAUGCCAAAAUGCAAAUGAUGCAAAUAUUCCAGGAAGUAACCUAGUAGAAUAUAUACCCAAUGCAGAUCGGCCCUACCGCUGUCGCCUCUGCCAUUACAGUAGUGGUAAUAAGGGCUACAUAAAACAACACUUGAGAGUCCAUCGUCAGAGGCAGCCCUAUCAGUGUCCUAUCUGUGAACACAUUGCUGACAAUAGUAAGGAUUUAGAGAGCCACAUGAUCAACCACUGCAAAACAAGAAUGUAUCAGUGCAAACAAUGUGAAGAAUCCUUUCAUUAUAAGAGCCAACUGCGAAAUCAUGAGAGAGAACAACACAGUCUUCCAGAUAUCUUUUCAACAGCCACAUCUAACAAACUAAUUGUUUCAAAUGACGUAGAUGAAAGAGAAGGAAAUAAGUCUUCACUUCAGAAACUGCAUAGAUGCGAUGUAUGUGACUACACAAGUACAACUUAUGUUGGUGUACGAAAUCACAGACGAAUUCAUAACUCUGAUAAGCCAUAUAGAUGUCGAGUAUGUGACUUCGCCACCACAAAUAUGAAUAGCUUGAAAUGUCAUAUGAGGCGCCACCCCCAGGAGCAUCAGGCAGUGCAGCUAAUGGAACAGUACAAAUGUUCUCUCUGUGGAUAUGUAUGUAGCCAUCCUCCGUCCCUGAAGUCCCACAUGUGGAAACAUGCAAGUGACCAAAACUAUAACUAUGAACAAGUGAACAAGGCUAUUAACGAUGCAAUUUUGCAAAGUAGCAGGUUUCAAGGACAGCUUCCUGACAAAACCUUAUUGGAAGGCACAGAUGAAAGUACAGUACCUAUACUAGGAAGUUCAGACAACCUGGUGUCUUUUACAGAGUCUAUUAACCAGACUAAUAAUGAAAUUUCAGGUUCUGAUGAAAAUGAAAAACCUAACUUGAUGAAUACCUCAUGUGGUUUAGAAAAGAACUCCACUCUACCCCAUCUUGGCACAGAAUACUGUGUUCUUCUCUUCUGCUGCUGCAUUUGUGGUUUUGAGUCUACCAACAAAGAAAAUCUGCUGGAUCAUAUGAAAGAACAUGAGGGUGAAAUCAUAAACAUCAUCCUAAAUAAGGACAACAGCACAAAUCAGAGCACAAACUAGGUGAAGCAUUAAGUUGAAGAGGGGGUUUCCUAGAGUAAAUAUUUUCUAUCUUUACUAAUUUUGCCUGAGAAACUUGGUAAAGAGAAGAAUUGCAAGCAAAACUUGCUGAUUUCCCAUUCUAAGUCCUUGUUUCAAUAAGAAUACAAAUUUUUAACUAGGGACCAAUGAAUCAUUUUAGAGAUAAAUAUCAGAAGUAGGGAAUAGAAUGACCCAUUUUAACCUGUUAUUUCUCUGUAUGGUGCCAAGAAUGUGGGAUUGUUGCUUUUUUCUUUCCUUUUACUGUCAGGUACUAGUCAGUAAUAAUGCAUUAGUACAGUAUAUUAAAACCUAAAGGCAUGAAAGCUUUGUAUCAACUGAAAGCUUUGUUGCUUUCCAAAUAGUUACACAAGAAUGUUUUUACCCUCUUUUUUGAAGAUGGCAACUUACCAAAUACAAAUUUUACAACAUGAUUUCAUCAAACUGAGCCUGGAUUCUGGAAGGUAGAGAGAGGGGAGAUAAGGGCACGUGUGUGCUUGCAUGCACGUGUAUGUGUAUUCCCAAUCUAUUUUUAAGACCUUACAAACUCCAGGUUGUCUUUCAAAAAGGAGUGGUAUCCUAUCUGUUGAUUUAGAGCACCAGGAGCUGAGUAAACUAGAAGCAUUUUGCUAAUAACUGUUUCUCUGAUUGGAUCCUAACUAAAAGCUGGUAUCUUUUAAUUGAUAGUGUGUAAAAGAUUCUUCAUAAUAAUGGCCUGUUGUUUCUUAAAGGCUUUCUUAACACAUUCAGCAGAACUAUUUAAGAAAAAGAAAUAAAUAAUAAUUAAA